AGGGACUACGCAACUAAGGAACUAGCCAAUUAUGUCUGUUUACGUGUGUUUCUAACAUAAGAAUAAUGAGAUUGUAUAUAGGGAGAUUUUUGUAGUUAAGUUGAAGGAGUCAACCAUAGUCCCGAAGCCCUGUUCUCAUUUUGUGGUUUUAUUUCCACACAAGACUACAAGGGUAGAAGGACAUACCAUUCCAAUAAGCAAUUACCCACUUUUCCGGGCAGAAAACGAAAGAGAUAAACUAGCAUGGGUUGGAAUUGGAUGAGGAUCACCUUCAACCUUGUCCCAGUAUCACUUUCCCUCCUGCUGCUCCUCAAUUUUGCAACCACCGCUAAAGCACAAGGUCCCACUUAUGUUUACAAUAUUUGUUCAGACAACAAGACCACUGCCAACAGCCUCUUCAAAAAGGAUAUUAACACCCUCUUCUCAUCUCUCUCUUCCAACGCCACCGCCAACGCUGAAUUCUUCAACACCACCGUCCCUGGCACAAACUCCAACGACACGGCCUACGGUCUCUUCAUGUGCAGGGGCGACUUAUCCUCUUGCGGGCAGUGCGUGGUCAACGCCACACAGAAGCUUUCAUCCGAUGCAAAUUGUUCCUUAUCGAAACGAGCCAUCAUUUGGUACGACGAGUGCAUGGUUUGGUACUCCAAUAACCGCUCUAUCUUGUCCACAAUGUUCACGAGGCCCGGCGUUUGCCUCUCCAACACGGGGAAUGUCUCCAACCAGGAAAGCUUCAUGAAGUUGUUGUUCAAAACCAUGAAUGAAACGGCGAAAGAAGCAGCCAAGUCCCCUGUUCUUGAAAAGAAGUACGCUACAAAGCAAGCCAACAUAUCUGGUUUUCAGAACCUUUAUUGUAUGGCUCAGUGUACCGAUAACCUCACACCACGAGACUGUGCCAGCUGUCUAACUGAGGCCAUAACCAAAUUAACUCCUUGUUGUGGAGGAAAGCAGGGAGGGAGGAUUCUAUUCCCCAGCUGUUUCGUUCGGUAUGAGUUGUACCCUUUCUAUAGCUCUAAUGCUUUGGCUCCUUCGCCUUCUCCGUCGGCAGGGCUAGUUCCUCCUCCACCUGCAACUAAUUCAUCUCAUUCCGGAGGAAGUAGUGGACUAUCAUCCGGGACUAUUGUUGCAAUUGUGGUUCCAAUUGCAGUGGCUGUGCUACUGUUUGUUGCGGGCGUUUGUUUCUUAAUUAGAAGAAGAGCAAGGAAGAAGCAUGACUCUGCACAAGAUCCACAAACUGUGACCGAGAUCUCUAGCAUUGAUUCGUUGAGAUUUGAUUUGAGUACAAUUGAAGCAGCCACAAAGAAAUUCUCUCAAGAUAACAAGCUUGGAGAAGGUGGAUUUGGUGAGGUUUACAAGGGCUUGCUUCCAAGUGGACAAGAAGUAGCUGUUAAGAGGCUCUCUAAAGGAUCUGUACAAGGUGGAGAAGAAUUCAAGAAUGAAGUAGAGCUGGUUGCCAAGCUUCAACAUAGAUAUCUAGUCAGGCUUUUGGGAUUUUGCUUGCAAGGAGAAGAGAAGAUACUUGUAUAUGAAUAUGUACCCAACAAAAGCUUGGACUACAUUCUUUUCGAUCCUGAGAAACAAGGAUUGUUGGAUUGGACAAGACGAUACAAGAUUAUUGGAGGCAUUGCUCGAGGAAUUCAAUAUCUCCAUGAAGAUUCUAGACUUAAAAUCAUACAUCGUGAUCUUAAACCUAGCAACAUAUUGUUGGACGAAGAUAUGAAUCCAAAAAUUGCAGAUUUUGGUAUGGCAAGGUUAUUUGCUGUUGAUCAAACUCAAGGAAAUACUAGCAGGAUUGUUGGGACAUAUGGCUACAUGUCCCCGGAAUAUGCGAUGCGCGGAGAGUUCUCGGUUAAGUCUGAUGUAUACAGUUUUGGAGUCCUUGUUUUGGAGAUUAUAAGUGGCAAGAAGAUCAGCUCUUUCUAUGAAACAGAUGCUGAUGACCUAGUGAGCUAUGCUUGGAAACUCUGGAAGGAAGGGACACCCUUGGAAUUGAUGGAUCCCACGUUGAGAAAAUCCUAUACUCCAAAUGAAGUUAUGAGAUGCAUCCAUAUUGGUUUGCUCUCUGUCCAAGAAGAUCCAGCAGAUAGACCUACAAUGGCAACAAUAGUGCUUAUGCUGGAUAGUUAUUCUGUUACUCUACCAGUACCUAACCAGCCAGCAUUUGUCGUGCACAGCGGAACCGAUUCAAACAUGCCCAAGGAGCUGCAAUUCAGUGGAGCUACAACCAAUGUAUCAGUGCAAAAUUCUGUCAAUGAGAUGUCAGUUAGCGAAAUGGAUCCUAGAUAAGAUAUUAAGAUUGAAUUGUUCCACGAGGCUUUGAAAAUUUUAUAUAUUCUUAUACAUAUUCUAUGGACUUUCUUUAUUAAGGUGAAAGUUCAAAUUAUUGUAACGCUUUGUGGUUGCUUAUUUUUCAAUAUGAAAAAGUACUUUUUUGCUUAUCAAGAGAAUACAAAUAUGUGACGUGAAGAUAAGAUGAUCAAGAA